UUCAUAAUCAAGAUGGCGGGCGCUGCUGCUGCACUGCUUGAUGAGUUGAUGGGCAAAAAUCGAAACAAUGCGCCUGAUGAAAAGUUUUCUGGUAUAAGAUGGAGUGAUGCAGAGGUCUGCAAACAUUAUCUGGUGGAUUUCUGCCCAAAUGAACUAUUUGUGAACACAAGAUCGGAUUUAGGUCAAUGCGAGAAAAUACAUGAUGAUCAUCUCAAAAAAGAAUACAUUGAGAGUAGUCGUUUCAAACGGAUGAACUAUGAAGAGGAGUUCUUGCAGUACUUGCAGCAGAUCAUGAACGAUGUGGAGAAAAGGAUUAAGAGAGGUCAUUCCAGACUGGCACUCAACAGCAACAGACCAAAUCUGACAGCCCCUCACAGAGGCCCUGAUGAAGAGCAGAUCAAGAUCCUUUCAGAGCGCAUCACUUCACUGCUAGGUCAGGUGGAGUCCUUGGGCUGCGAGGGCAGGGUGGAUGAGGCACAGAACAUGAUGAAGCUAUGUGAUAAACUCUCCUACGAGAGGGCAGAGCUGCAAGCAGCCUCAGAGGAAGCGCUGGACACCAUUCUUUCCCAAGAGAAACAGAUGGAAGUGUGUGAGGUUUGUGGAGCAUUCCUCAUCGUGGGCGACUCACAGACGCGAGUGGAUGAUCAUCUGAUGGGUAAACAGCACAUGGGAUUCGCCAAGAUCAAAUUGACCAUUGAAGAAAUACAGGAAAAAAAGGAUAAAGAAGUAACAGACCGGGAAGAUAAAAUCCGCAAAGAAAGAGAAGAGAGGGAAAAGGAAAGAGAAAAGGAGAGGGAAGAAAAGAGGAAAAAGGAGAGGGAAAAAGAAAAAGAGAGGGAAAAGGAGAGAGAAGAAAGACGUAAAGAGAGGGAAAAGAGAGAAAAAGAAAGGUCACGAAGGCGAUCACGGUCCAGAUCUCGCGACAGGAGGAGGAGGAGCAAGUCCCGCGAUCGCCGCCGAAGCAGAUCCCGUGAUAGGCGUCGCAGCCGCUCUCGAGACAGAACCCGUGACAGACGUCGCAGCAAAUCCAACGAGAAGCGUAGCAGCCGGUCGAGCGAUCGUCAUCAUCGAAGCAGAUCCAGAGAUCGUAGGAGGAGUCGCUCGAAGGAGAGGAGAAGGGAUAGGAGUCGUUCCAAGGAGAGGAGACGAGAUAGGAGCCGUUCCAAGGAGAGGAGAAGAAGUAGGUCCAAAGAGAGGAGAAGAGAUAGGAGUCGCUCGAAGGAGAGAAGAAGAGACAGGAGUCGUUCCAAGGAAAGGAGGCAUAGCAGAAGGAGCUCAAGAGAGAAGAGCAGCAGAUCAGAAGAAAGGGGUCAUAGCAAGUCACGGGAUGAGGAUUGUGAGGACAAAGACAGGAAAGAAAGCCAUGAGAGGUCCAAGUCAAGAUCUCCUGAGAAGGAUACCUCAGAUGAUGUCACAAUGGAUCAGGCUCCACAGGAAGACCAAGAAGACUCAAUGAAGGGUGAAGAUGAUUCCAACAAGCCAGAGGAGAGCAUGGAUGCUGCUAAUCCAGACCCAGCUACCACCACUGAUGACAGCGAGAUGGGGGAGGGGGAGGAGGAGAAGAGGGGCAAGGAGAAUGGAACGACUGGAGCUGGAGCUGGAGCUCAAGACCAAGAGGAGGUGACAGUCGCUGAAGAUCAAGCUGCAUUUUAACUCUCAUCCUCCAGGUGACUCUUGUUGCCCCUAACAGAUCUCUAUACAGGGUGCACCAGCAGCCAGGCUACCUCACCACCAGAUGGAAGAGCACAUAGAGGGCGACAUUGGGCAAUGGCAUCAAUUCACAGCACUUCAAGUGGCUUCAGUAUAGGUUAGAGCUUUAGCGUAGUCAAAGUUGUACUUCAGUAAUAUCUCAUUAUGGGGAUUCUUUUUUGUUGCUCCUUUUUACAUAACAUGAAAUUUGAAUUACCCAUGCCUUGUCAAAUGGUUUCUGUUCACCCUCUCUCUGUACUCUGUUUAAUUGCCCCCAAGAAUGAACAGGGGGUUUUGCUGCAUAAAAGAAGAAUCAGUCUUUGUUCAAUAUUUGUUUAUAUGUAUAUAACCUCUCUGUAGCGCUCUUCUGAGCAUAAUAAUGUUUCCUACCAAGCAAGCAAGGUUUUCUUAUUUUCAUCAAGCCCGGAGGUGGUUACCAACACCCAGAUUUUCUUGAACAGUUAUAAUGUGGCCAUGCAUUAGUCUUCAUUUAUCAGGUACGUGUAGUGUAAGAAUAUGUAAUACAGCAGUCUGAACAAUCAACACAGAUCUUCUAUUUUUUUCAAGCAUAAAGGGUAGAAUCAAACAUUUUGGAACAUUUAGAAUCUCUUCAUGUCUUCUGAUUCAAGUCUGAAAUGAUGUCCUUUACUGAAACUAUAUACUACACUUUAUGGUUGUUAAAGAAAAUGAAGAAUUAUUAUUGGUGAUGAUGAGAAUAUGUAAAAUGCUCAAAAUAUUCAUGUUAAUCAGGGUACAGAUAUUAUGUUGGUAGCCUUCUUUGUAAAAGAAAAUCUCUAUGUUGGAUUAAACUCACUGGCCCGAAUUCACAAAGGAGGUUUGUCGACAAACCAAGGUUUUCGAAACCAGGUUUGUAAAAAAACGUGUCAAAACGCGUCAUAUGACGUACAUAAACCGAGGUUUGUCUACAAACCUCCUUUGUUAAUUCGGGCCACUAUGUUGGAUUAAAAAUCACUCUGAUAAUAUUUGGAUGUGUACAUUUAUUACAUUACAUAGAAAUCCAGGUUGUUUUGGGACAGAAAUACAGGAUUUAUUGUGAGAUAUUUGGGUUGGCGAAACAUUGUUGAUGAAGAAUAUUUUUUUUUUAAUGACAUACAUGUACAAAAUGGUAUAUACACGGUAACAAAUGUUCAAUAUGAUCACUUGUAUAUUAUUUAGAAUUGAAGAAAAAUGUUUCAAUGUAUGCAAGAGGUUGCCAUUCUGGACAUUGUGAUACAGGUACAAGAAUUUAAUUUUUUUAAUUGAGGAGGAAAUCAUAUUUGUCUUUUAUCAUUUAAUAAGAUAGUCAAAAUGCUAUUCUCAUUACUUAAUCAAUAGCUACAUACAUGUACUUGUAUACUUAUCUGGAUAAAGCAAAUAUUGAGUGAUAUCAAACAUCCUUCUCUUCAUAGAUGUGCAAAAUUCUUGUUUCUUUUCUUUUCAUGGUCAACAUACAUGUAAUGAAGGAAUAACAUUUUCUCUGAAGAAAACACUAUAUUUAGAAUAUUGACAAAUUUUGAUUACUUGAUUGCAUUAAAAUUCAUGUACACAGAAUUGCAUGUAGCAAACAAAAAGAAGAGUUGUGUUAUUGCUUAAUAUUUGAGAAUGGAAAGAGCAGCCAUUUAAAUGUAUUGCCUUCCUCGAUGCAGUGGAAAUACUUUCACAUAAUUCAGAAUUGAGUAAGGUGUUUUUUUUAAAACCUGUAUUUUGUAUAUGAAAGCAAAGGUGGUGAUAGUAGAAUAGCAACCCUUCAAAUGCUACACUGCUUUGACCUCUUCCCACAUAACUGAAGCAAAAUGAAACGGCUGCUGUUUUCUGCAGCAAAAACAUGAAACAAUAUUUGCAGAGGUUUAGUGUUCUAGUUCAGUUAUUUUGCGGCAUGAAACUCUUCGCUUCAGUUUUAGUUUUAUUGCUGUCUUUGAAAUGUAAUUAAUCUUGUUUUGUAUGCC